AUGGCAUUUCCACUUGUAUAUGUGGUGAUUUUGCUUUUGAACAUGUUUGAUUUUCCAUCUGGAAUACUAUAUAAUAAAGGUGAAAUGACGAGAUACUUUGCUUGUUCUAGCGAAGGGUUCCCCCAAAAGGAUGAAAUAUUCAAGCUGUAUCUUUCCUCAGCUCUCUUGGAAAUCCGGUGUUUUUUCCAAACUGAAGAUGAGGUUACUUCGAGGGAAAUUCUAAGUGUGUUUACAUCAGGAGGACUUGCUCCCACUUUGGAAAUCAUAAAUAGUACCUAUACUGGCAUCUUCCACUUUAAUUUAACUUUGUUCAGUGAUCAGGUUUACUGGGUAAUUAAUAUCCCUAGAGAAAACAUCACCAAAAACACAGAUAUUACAGCCAUAGAAGAAUGGUUAGUAAGGAUUAGUUUACAUCUUGGACUAAAUAUUUAUGCUACUGAAGGAACUUUAUUGGAUACUAUGAGAGAACCUAUUCUUCAGUGGAAACUUGGGGUUAAAAUGAAAAAAUCAGACAUUAAUAGAUUAUAUCCACAUGUGAUAGAUCUCAAGGUGACAAAAUGCCCCUGUGCUAAUGAUGUAGCAUUACUUGGCUUCAUUUUGAAUACAACAUAUUAUGGUAUUUACCUAGGCCUCAGCUUUUCUGGAUUUUGGGAUUAUGAUAAUACCACAUGGUAUAACAUGACGGAGAAUAUCUAUUCCGAACUCGAAGAUCUCAUACAGCUUUCAGUGGUGGAUAUGGUUUUAACAAAUCAUUUCUUAGUUAUGCUCACCUCUUUGGGUCUUUUUGUAAGUAGAGAUCUUCGUCACCCGUCAGCCUCUGUUUUACAGUUUUCAAGGGCAGACUUUUGUGGUUUUGAAAGGGCUGACUAUGUCAAAGGAAAGUUGUGGUACAGUGAAAAGUGCUUUGCUAACAAAGAAAGCUUUGAAGAUGAUUAUGUUACUAUCACCUUUGACAGAAACAAGACCCUAAGUGAGGCAAGUGCUUGUUUUUAUAGUUCAGAGCCAUUCCUUGAAUGGUUUCCCUGCAUACCCCAGACUUCGAGAGGAGUGAAAAAUAUUCCUUCAAAAGUGAUAACAUUUCUUAUUGAUAUAGAGCGUGGAAAUGGAGUUUACCUUCUCUCUAACCAGGUAUGGCUUUCAGUGGACGGCGGCAACACUUUUGAGUUAAUAGCUGACUUACAUGGGGAUAGCAUAAAGACGUCUUACCACAGUUUUUAUACCUCCGAUAUUGCUUUUGUUUCCCAAUAUGGAAAUGUUUACUUGACAAAGGCAGGAUUGAAAAAAUAUAGUAAAAUUGGAUCUAUUACUGAUAACAUUUUCACAUUAUACUAUGACCAUUUGGGAUUCGUACAUAAACUGACUCCAAAUUGGUUUGAAGCUGAUCGGUCAUCAUCGGCCACUGGAAGUUCGAAAGCUAUUUUUACAAAGACUUCUGACAUGGGCUUUGAGACUGCACUUGCUCCGCAGUACAUCUCCUUAAAUGAAAUGAUUAUUUUUGCGUAUGUACCUUCAAAUGAACCUGAGGCAACUAAACACACCAAGAGAUUCAGUAAUAUUCACUUUGGAAAAAUGCUACAUAGCAGGAAAACUGGAAUAGCUUACAUUAAAAAAGUAUUGCAACUUAAGAGCCGUCUAGGAUUUUUGUCUUCAGUUAUUGCAGAUAUUAUAGAACCUUUUGGAGUAGAAUCCCUGAAUGAGAGCUCUUGUUUGUCUAGUUCACUGUACAUUACCAUGACUGGAAAUUACAUCUAUAGACUUAUUUUACUAAGUCCAGGUGUCAACGCUUUUUUUCAGAAUUCAGAUCUGCAGAAGACUGUGAUGAUUCCUGGUUAUAGCAGCUUCCUGAUCUUAAAGAUUGUAAAUACAAAGAAUGCUUUUGCCAUUGCGACUAUGCCUGAAAGGGCACCCGUCAAUAGGAUCUUUCCAAGAGACUCCUGGUUCUUAUAUAACUUUGGCAUAACUACUGGACGAAUAUGGAGUAUAUUUUCAAAAAAGUGUAGUUACUGGAUUCAACGAAAUGAUGAUGAGUCACUAUCCCUCAAUUCUCUGAGAUACUCUGAUCUUGGGAAAUAUUAUUCUUUCAAUGUUAAGAUUAUACCUACUAUGAGAGAUUUUCUAACACUUGAUGUACCACUAGUGACAGUGUUAGUUGGAAACCUAAAUUCAUUGGACAUUAGAGCUGAUGGUUUUUUUGAUAAUACAAACAGUUAUCAUUUGAACAUUUCUUUAUGUACCAAAUUUUUACGUGCGGGGUCAACGUCACUGGCGUUUAUUGUCUGGGAUGCGUCAACUGAGUGCUUUGUUACGACAUUCAUGCUAAUAGUGAAAAGCAGCUGCAGUUAUCUCAGAUUGAUGCAUUACAUUCCUAGUAAACUUAUCUCAUUAGAAGACUGGACUAGAGGCAUUCACAAAGACAGUCAGGACUUUAAUUUGAUCAAAACUUUACCGAUAAACUACAGGCCUCCAUCGACCAUGGGAAUUGCCAUUCCACUCACAGAUAAUUUUUACCAUGCAGAUCCUAGCAAACCUAUACCAAGAAAUCUGUUUCUCAAGUCAAAGAGCACAGGUAAAUUCAAGCAGUGUGCUAAUGCAUCUACUCGGGAGGAGUGUAACUGCACAAACGAUCAGAAGCUGUCAUAUGCUGUUGCUUUCUCGGAUUGCAGAGAAAAAGUUCCUCGUUUUAAGUUUCCAGUUACACAAUAUCCAAUAUCUUUGGAAAUUUCCACUAGGAAUGGACAGAUACCAGUUGAUCUCCCAUAUCUGGUUACUGUGACUGAAGUGAAUAUGAGGGAAAACUGGAAACUAAAACAACAUACACCAGCAACUAUAACAAAACUACAGUCUCACCUAAAGUCAUAUCUUAAAGUUCCAGUUUAUAAUCCAAAAGGUCUCAACUUAAGUAUAAGGGGCUCUGAGCUCUUCCACUUCAAAAUAUCUGUUGUUCCAGGGGUCACUUUUUGUAACUUAGUUGAAGAAUUUCAGAUUUAUGUUGACGAAGCACCUCUGCCAUUUCCAGGCCACACCCUUAUUGCCAUCGCAGCAGCCAUCAUGCUAGGGGGAUUAAUCUUCAUAGUAUUUAUGUUCAAACUGCAUAACAUUCACCCGUGGGAUCUAUGCAAAACACUGUUGAGAAGAAACAAAAUGAAUUUUUCAAAUACCGUUGUCUUUCAACAGGCUCAUAGAUGA